GGUAAAAGGGUCACUCGUGGAAGCGGAAGUGCGACGGGAAUCCAUGAGUGAGUAGUAGAGAGAGUAUCAUCGGUGAACGAUAUAUCAUUACGCAUCCGCCGACGGAUCAGUGGUUUCUAGCUGGAGAGACAUGCUUUUAUAGAAGUUGAAGGGAUUUUUUCAGCAGCUGUUGCUGUAUAUCCAGAUAUCUGUGGCUAAUCUUAUACUCUGACUAGAAGAUAUGAAAAAGGCUAAAAACCCACUGGUUUUCUUGAAUAUUUCAAUUGAUGGAGAUGCUUCCGAAAGAAUUGUUAUUGAGUUGUUCGCUGAUGUUGUGCCCAAGACUGCUGAAAAUUUUCGGGCACUCUGCACUGGUGAGAAGGGUGUAGGAAUAUCAACUGGGAAACUGUUGCACUACAAGGGCUCGACAUUUCACCGAAUUAUUAAAGGAUUUAUGGCUCAAGGAGGCGACUUUUCAAAAGGAAAUGGCACCGGUGGGGAAAGUAUUUAUGGAGGAAAGUUUGCUGAUGAAAAUUUCAAGUUGGAUCACACUGGGCCUGGUUUUCUUUCAAUGGCUAAUGGUGGUCCAGAUACAAAUGGGUCUCAGUUCUUUAUAACUUUCAAGCGCCAGCCUCAUCUUAAUGGAAAACAUGUUGUUUUUGGUCAAGUUGUGAAAGGAAUGGAUGUUGUUAAGAAAUUGGAACAGUUAGGAACAGAUGAUGGAAAGCCAUUGGGACUUGUGAAAAUUGUAGAUUGUGGUGAGAUGCCAAAGGGGAAAACGGAAAUUGAUGCUGAGAAAGAAAAGAAGACAAAAUCUAAAUCUACUAGAGACAAGACAACAAAUGAUGACUCUGAUGAUCAAGCCAAAGGAAAGAAAAAAACUUCGAAGGAUAAGAGAAGAAAGAGGAGCUAUUCUUCAUCUGAUUCAUCUGAUUCUUACAGCUCUGAAUCUGAUUCAGAUUCAUCAGAGACUGAUUCCUCAGACUCUGAUAUGUAUUCUUCUUCAGAAUCCGAUUCUUCAACUUCAUCUAGUGAUGGAAGAAGAAGGAAAAAAAGGAGAGUGUCAAAGAGGGGAAAGAACCAACGAGGGAAGAACAGGAGGGAUGCUGGGAAGGAUAAGAGAAAGGCGAAGCACUAUAAAAGAUCAAGGCGGAAAUCUAAAAGGGAUUCAGGAAGUUCUAGCGAUGAUGACACUGACAGCAGCACUAGCAGCUCUGAUAAGGACAGGAAAAGUAAAGACAAAACUCUUGAGAAAAGUAAAAGAUUAAUUGAAGAAGAGAAGAAACCAUCAGAGAACCUGGGAAAGGAGAAUAAGUUCUCGACUCCUGCAGACUCAGGAAAUUUGGAACAGCAAACAAAUGAUUAUGGGAAAGACUUGGCUCACGAAGAGGGUGAAUUGUCACGGAGGAAUGAUAGCCACAACAAUAAUGGCCUGGAUCAUGUGAGCAAUAGUGAAGCUGCUGGACGCCAUAACUUAAGCAAAUCCAGGAGUGCGAGUCCAAGUUAUGACGAAAAGCCAAGAUCUAAUCAUCCCCGUUCUCCAAGCAGAAGUCCGAGACUUGAAGAGAGCGAUAAGCCUCUUGUUUCAUCUGAUCAGCAGGUUGAGAAAGUUUCUUCAAAGGGCCCUGCAACCAAAGGAACUCAACCAGCCGGAAAGGAUAGAUCUCGAAGCCGUUCCCCAGGAGGAACUCCAAAACGCGUUAGAAAAGGGCGUGGAUUUACUGAUCGAUUCUCAUAUGUUAGAAAAUAUCGUACACCAUCUCCAGAACGUUCCCCCGAUAGAUCUUUUCGAUAUGGUGGAAGAAAUAUCCAAAGGAGCAACGACAGAAGGUAUUCGAGCUACAGAAAUCGAUUCGAACGAUCGCCACCUAUGCGCUACCAGAGUCCUCCAAGAAGACGGAGCCCACCCAGAUACGAACGGCGGAGGAGUCGGAGCAGGUCCAUUUCUCGGAGCCCCCCCUACCGGGGUCGUCGCAGGCACCAUAGCCGUAGUCCUAGCCCCGCAGAAAGGCGACCUGUGCUCAGCGACAGAUUAAAAUCUCGACUCGGACCACAAAGGGAUGAUCGGUCCCCUCAAAGACCCGUUUCAAGAUCCCGAAGCCGCAGCCCGGAACCAUCGAAAUUCCGUGAACUUGCUUCGCGGAAGCAGCCGGAAAAACUGUCGCCGCCGAGCUCCCCUUCGAACGGGCGACGGGGAUUGGUCUCGUACGAAGAUGUGAGCCCUGAUAACGGCGUAAGUUAACUAAACUACAUUUACAGUUGCAGCUAUGCUAUGCUAUGCUAUAUUAUACACUAUUAGGUAACGUGCAAGUUUGUUUCGAAGGUUUUUUUUGUUUCUGGGUUUUGUGUUGUAGCUCUUUGUUUUUCUAAAAUUUGCUGUUUUUUGUUUGGUUUGGUUUUCGUUGAAAGAUAUUUUGGGCAUUGGUUAAUGGUGGGUAGCUUCGUAUGUCUGCAGUUUUGAUGUUUGUUGUGUUCCGUCCAAAGAUUUUGCUGAAGAUAAGGAGAUUAUUAAAUAUAAACUGUUUUUUAGUUCAUUAA